AUGCGGAGAUUUUUAGUAUUGACUGGUGAUAAAAAUGACGCAAGUCAGUUGAAAAAACAACGUCUUCAAGAGGAAGAAGAAGACGAUCCUGGUAAAAAUAAUACUAUUCAAGAACAAGAUCUACCGAAGUUAUCUGAAGAACCUUUGAUUAAAUCAUACUUAUUAGAUUGGCAAUUUUUUACUGUUGUUAAAGAAGAUGGAUUAAAAUUGACUGCACAAUGUAAAAAUUGUCCCAAAAUCAUUCAAGGACAAACAUUUUCCACAAAAAACUUCUUAAGUCACUUAAAAUAUAAACAUAGAUCAUUGAUUCCGAAAGUUGAAGAGGCUCGAAAAAAUUCAAAGAAGUCAAUGGUAACAUCUAUAACGCAUACAGAAUUGCAGGGCAAUAGAUCUACUAAACUAUCAAAACAACAGGUAAAUUGUAUAAUUAAAUCUAGUUAUUACUUAUAA